AUGGAAAGACAAGUGGGCGCUGCUGUCCAAGCGGGCUCUGAGCCUGGGUCGGGGGUCCUGGGCCCUGGAGCCUCGCCCUGGCGCGGUCCUCCGGCCGCCAGGGGCGCUGUGGCCGAGCGGGGCGUCCUGGGGCCGCAGCCGGGCGGCGCGGGGCCGGAAGGGGCGGGGGGCGCGGGGCCGGGAGGGGCGAGGGGGCCCCGGGCGCGUCCCCGCGACGGUCGUUGCCCGGGUGCUGCUGGCCCGGCAGGCUGGAUCCGGCUCUCCGAGCUGCCUGGUGGCCGCCGCAGCUGGCGCCGGAGUCCCCGAAGGCCGCCCGGCUCCUCGCGGUGGGGACGCGCAGGCGGCGCCCCUCGGCCUCCCCGGGGCGGGGUGUUCCCGCGUCGCGCCCCGGGCCCUCAGGCCGGCCGCAGACGCCCUCACGGCGCGGCCUCCCCCGGGUGCGCCCCGCCAUGCAGCGGCGGCCCCGGCCCCGUCGGGAACACCGCAGGCCGGAACGCGCGCCGCCGACCCCCGCCCGCGCCCCGCCGGCCGCGCGGAGCAGCCCCAUCGCCGCGGCGUCUGGCCAUGCCGUCCAGCUCCGCGCGACCGCGACCCCCGGCGGCGGCGGCGGCCCAGCGCCCGCGGCCUGAGCGCGGGAUGCUCGAGACACAGCCCCCGAACUCGGACAGAGACCCGGGCCCGGGGUCCCCGCCCGCCGCCGGCCGUCGGGGCCCCGAGCAGAGCCCCGAGCUCCCUCGCAGCCUCCCGGCGGCCACGGCCACACCCGUCGCCCCACAGCCCCCGCCGGGGCCCAGGCUGGAGCGAGCCCGGUCCCUCGAUGACAGGGGCUGGAGGAGGCGGCGGCGGAUUCGAAGCGGCCACGAGGGUCUGGCAGCGCGGGAGGGGGCCAGUCCCUCCGGGGACUCGGUGCAGGAUGAGGACCCCAGUCUCGCCACCCAGGGCUGCACCGCGCCCUGCCUGAGCACCUCCUUGCCCGAGAUCCCCAAGUCCCGCAGGGCCCCGGUCAGCGAGGGAGGGAGCCGGUCCUCCUGGGGCCACUGUCUCCCUGGGACGGUGAGCGCCUCCCCGGACCUCCUGCGCAGGGACUCCGCCUCAGCCUCGGCGGGCAGCUCCCCGAGGCUGGCCAGCCUGCGUCCCCCUCGCCCGCCGCCCCCACUGAGCCUGAACGUGGCCUCCGAGGCCCUGAGGACGGCCAGCAAGGUGGACUCAGAUCACGCCGACUACAAGCACCGCAUGCAGACCAGGCUGGUGUGGGCCUGCGGCGGCCUGGGCCCUGGCUGGCCCCGCAGCCCCCCGGCUAGCGAUGCCGGGUCCCUGUGCUCCACCAAAUGCUCCAGUCUCCUGGCACCCAUCCACACCAAGGACAUCCGGAGCAGGAGCUACCUGGAGGGGAGCCUCCUGGCCAACAGGGCGCUGCUGGGGGCGGACGAGCUGGCCCAGUACUUCCCAAACAGGAGCGUGGCCCUCUUCGUGGCCACUUGGAACAUGCAGGGCCAGAAGGAGCUGCCACAAAGCCUGGAUGAGUUCCUGCUGCCCGCUGAGGCCGACUACGCCCAGGACCUGUAUGUCGUUGGGGUCCAGGAGGGCUGCUCCAACAGGCGGGAGUGGGAGACGCGUCUGCAGGAGACGCUGGGCCCCCACUACAUCCUACUGUCCUCGGCAGCCCAUGGGGUGCUCUACCUGUCCCUGUUCAUCCGCAGGGACCUCAUCUGGUUCUGCUCAGAGGUGGAGAGCUCUGCGGUGACCACACGCAUCGUGUCUCAGAUCAAGACCAAGGGGGCUGUGGGCCUCAGCUUCACCUUCUUUGGAACCUCCUUCCUCUUCAUCACGUCUCACUUCACCUCUGGAGACGGGAAGGUGGAGGAGCGGCUGCUGGACUACACCAGGACCGUGCAAGACCUGGCGCUGCCCAGGAACGUACCGGACACCAACCCCUACCACUCCAGCGCAGUGGAUGUCACCACCCGGUUUGACGAGGUGUUCUGGUUUGGAGACUUCAACUUCCGCCUGAGUGCCAGGCGCGAGGCUGUGGAGGCCAUCCUGCAGCAAGGCCCGGAGGCGGACGUGCCUGCGCUGCUGCGGCAGGACCAGCUGGCCCGGGAAAUGAAGAAAGGGUCUGUCUUCAAGGGCUUCCAAGAGCCGGACAUCCACUUCCUCCCGACGUACAAGUUUGACAUUGGGAAGGACACCUAUGACAGCACCUCCAAGCAGAGGACCCCCUCCUAUACGGACCGGGUCUUGUACAAAAGCCGUCACAAGGGUGACAUCUGUCCUCUGAAGUACUCUUCCUGCCCUGGGAUCAAGACCUCCGACCACCGCCCCGUGUACGGCCUGUUCCGGGUGCAAGUGAGGCCUGGGCGAGACAACAUUCCGCUAGCUGCCGGCAAGUUUGACCGAGAACUGUACUUAAUAGGAAUUAAAAGACGGAUCUCGAAAGAAACUCAGAGACAGCAAGUACUGAAGAAUCAGAUCUCCAGCGCUAUUUGUACCGUUUCUUGAAGUUGGCUGAGGGAAGACCUACCGACUGCGGCAGGGAGGUGCCUGACACGACGGGCCGUGUGCACUCAGGGGGCAGUAAGCCCCAGGAUCCUAAGGAACCCCUCCCCACCGGAGGGGCUGUCCUGCUUUCUCACCACGAAAGCCCGGGGAUGGCAGGGGGGCUGUGGCGGGACAGGAAGGAAGCUGCCUUCCUCGUCCCUGAGCAAGCCGCCCGCCCGUGACAUGUCCCCAUGGGCACUGGCAGAGGGAGCCUGGAUCCCACACAAAGCGUCACACCUGCACGGGCAUCUGUCAGGUUGGCCUUGAGCAGUGCCACGCUCUGGAGCAGCAGCAGGUCCCCACACUUCCUCUCUCUGCUGCCUUUGCUCAUGUCUCCACACCCAGAGCUGGCGUUUCCAGAUCCACACCCUCCUGGCAGCCCCUCCGGCACACAGAGGGUCCUUCCACACCACAGGAGUCUGGGGUCUCAGACCCCUCUGGGCAUGCCCCAGAGCCCGGCUCAGGUGGAGGCGCCGUCCAGAGGCUGAACUUCUGGGACGUGACGCAGCGGCCAGCACCCGUCUGGGGGGCUCGCUGCCCUUCCCCCUUCCUCCAUAGGCCAAGGCCUGUGUGUGGAAACAGGUCAUGGUUUUGGUGAUUUCGCAUCAGUUGCUUCUAGUAACGUCAGCCUCAGAACGACAUUAAUGGAAGUGGAGUGUUGUGGCCUGAGAAACCACUGCAGGCUGCGUGCGUCAACCCCUCGCCCACUGGGCCAGCGCCAGCGCCACCGCCGUGCUCCGGUCUCCUUCCGUCUGAUGGAGGCUUCAGAGCUCGUUAUUGUUCUUUGUACCUUAUCCCGUCUCUUAAAAAAAGAAACGUAGACUUUGAACGUGUAAAAGUCCAGCAACAUCCAAUCUCGUCUUUUAAAUUAUUUUUUCAUAUUUAUAUUUUUAAAUAAAUGCAUAUGUUGAAUCUUAAACUCUCUUUCUGGCCAGAGACUGGCUCUUGGAAAGAAACAACCUGUACGCAUACCCUGUUCCUAUUAAAAAGGUCCGUGAAA